AUGAAUAAAGAUUUAUUUAUAUAUAUAUUUAAUAAUAAGAUAUUGAAUCAAAAAAUAUUUAAUUAUGUAUAUUUAAUAAAUAGAAUUAUCGAUGGUAAUGAAUCAAAGAGAUGGAAUGAUUUGAACGAGUCACCUAUUACUUUGGUAUCUUAUGGUUAUUUAGAUUUGUUAAAGUUAUACCAAAAGAGAAACCCUACUUUAAAAUAUGAUAGUUUCUUGUUCAAGCGAUUGUUGACAAAGGCAGUUGCUAAAAGACAUCUACCAGUUCUAAAGUAUCUAGUGGAUGAACUCAAUAUGUUCAGUAGACCGUUCAUCGGUAAUCAAAUGUAUGAUUGUAAACUAUUGGGUGUUGCAGUGGAGGUAGCUGAUUUCGCAAUCAUUGAAUACCUGGAAUCGAUGAACGACAUCGCCCACUGGGACUAUCCAGAGGUAUUCAUUAUGUCGCCGAUCUCUCGUAGCCUGGGGAUUGUCAAACAUUUCAGCGACCGACUUGACACUGUUUUCGGUGGUGGUAGAACAACUGUAGUAGUACCUUCUCGUAUGAAAGUGGUGUUCGAAAUUGCUGCAUCCAUUGGUAUCAUGGAGAUCAUUGAAUGGCUAAUUGCUAACCGAUCGGAAUGGCGAAAAGGAAGUAACAUGUAUAUACAUGCUGUCUCUGGAAAUAAGUUACAUGUUCUAGAGUUCUUACAGAGAGAGAGCCUAGAAAAGUUAAAGUUGAAUACCAAUCUAUUUGAACUGGCGUCAAAGAAUCUAGAGAUGGUAAAAUGGUUUUGUAACAAUCUGCACCAACAACAACAACAAGAUACAUUCACUAUAAAGUUGGACAGUGCCGCCAAGCAUUCUCUCUCGAUUGUCAAGUGGCUGAAUGAGAAUACAACACCUGCUUGCACAGUAAAUGCAAUGGAUCUUGCUGCGAGCAAUGGGCUGCUCGAUGUCGUUGAGUACCUACACCAGGUGCGAACAGAGGGAUGCACUGUGAAAGCAAUGAACUAUGCUGCAUCCAAUGGAUUUCUCCCUGUAGUACGAUUCCUUCAUGAGAAUAGAAGCGAGGGAUGCACUACAUUGGCAAUUGAUGGUGCUUCACGAUUCGGUAGUUUGGAGAUCGUUCGAUUCCUAACUGAGAAUCGCAGUGAAGGAUGUACACAACAAGCGAUGUCCUAUGCCGCUAGUAAUGGUCACCUCGAUGUUCUAAUAUAUCUACAUCAGCAUCGUACCGAAGGAUGUUCUACCGAUGCUAUGGAUCGUGCUUGUUACAACAAAAGAAUAAAUAUAGUUAAAUGGUUGCAUGCCAAUCGUAGUGAAGGUUGUUCGACCGACGCGAUGGACGAAGCUGCCAAUCAAGGUAGUUUGGAGCUGGUGCAGUUUCUCCAUGAGAAUCGUAGUGAAGGUUGUACAACGCUUUGCAUGGACAAUGCAGCAUCGUCAGGCCACUUCGAGAUCGUGCAAUGGCUCCACAACAAUCGAACUGAAGGCGCGACAACAAAAGCUAUUGACGAUGCAGCAGGUUUUGGCCGACUAGACAUCGUCGAAUGGCUCCAUAACAAUCGUACUGAAGGUGCGUCUACCUUGGCUAUGGACAAAGCAGCAGUUCAUGGACACUUCAAUUGCGUCAAAUGGCUAAACGAGAAUAGAACUGAAGGAUUUUCAGGUCAACAUAUUAUCUCUCAAGCUCAAGCGUUUGGAUAUCAAAAAAUAGCAGACUAUUUAUUAAAUAUGUAA